UGGUCUCACAGCCACAGUGUGAGGAAACUUCGCCCAGCAACUUCAGUAAGACUUUCUACUCUCUAACAGCACACGGAUUACACCGCUGCCUAUGAGGAUGUGACUCCAAACAACCGCUCAGUGUGCUUUACACAGACACAAAUCUAAAAUCGCCGGAGCGAGUAAGUUUGUGGACUGAGCGAGUUUUUUUUUUCUUUCCCCGCGGGAUCGAUGGCACUACAUUUUUGAGAAAAAGCACAAAAAAAUGUUACUGGGUUUGAAAUCACGCUGCUUGUGAUUCUGAAGCUAUAACUCACGGAACUAUGAACGAUCCGGAGCUCUCGCCGAUCUCCAAGGCGCAACAGCGAAUGGCUUUGGCUUUUCCCGGGGAAGAGAGCGCUCUGACCGGCAGCGUGUGCAGACCCGAGCGCAACGGGAUCUUCUUCAUCCACUGCUUCAUCUGUGGGAGCGGCGUAACCCCGGGGAAAGAGCUGAGUUUACAGGUAAAAUACCAACGAGAAAAGAAUGGCCCGUUUUUCCCUUUCUUGCAAGGCCAGGACCCGGCUCCUGGCGCGCCGGAGAUCGGUCCGGAUGGGGACGCUCUGGUGUGCGCUGUGUGCCACUGCUUCCUGCGCGAACAGUGGAACUCAUUCGAGCGCAACAGGACGCCAGUCGAGAAGCGCAUGUACUGGCUCAAGAGACCAUACCAGUGCGACUUACGGAACAUUACAUACGACCUGGAGCGAAGAAUGAGUGUUAGCAAUUACGACGCCAAUGAGUCGGACAUUUCCUCAUUCUCUGAUAAUGACCUGUCCGAACAGGACUUGGACCUGUCAGCGUGUGUAAUGAAUAUCAAUAAUACCACAGGUAUCCGUGCGUCUAAUAAAGCAUCAAGAGAAGGCAGUAGAAAGAUCACAAUGAGUGUUAAGAGCAGUCCUGAAUCUGUGAGAUAUCCGACCAGAGUUUGCACGGGUCAGGACGUACCGAAAUCAGAAAGGCGUGUGACUAAACUCAUCAAUCACACAUCGCAGUCAUCCGUGUCCAUGGCUCUCCAGCAGUAUGAUAGUCUAUCAAUUCGCACACCUCUGCAGGAUAACGGUAUCAUUACCUGUGACAAGCAGUGGAUACAUGCGUCCACCGGUGAUUCUGACGGGCCUAACAGCUGCGAUAUCAACAUCACCAGCGAUGACGAGAGAGCGCGCGCAGCAUCAACACACUUAGAUGUAGAGAGGAGUCAAGCAGCCAAAUGUCACUCCAGUUUUUCUGCUGAUGAAUGUGCCUGUUAUAUUUGUGGAAGCAGGCUUUCAGCAGGAGGCCACUUCAGGGUGUUUGUACAAAAGCAGGAGAGAGCGUCCAGUGAGCCAUUCUUCCCUUUUCUGUGGCUCCAUACCCCUCCGCCUGGUGCGGUGCCUCUUAGCCUGGGUGGAUACACUCUGGUAUGUACAACUUGCCACUCAUCCCUCAUGCAGCAGUGGCAAGGGUUCGAGCUUGCAGAUGUUCCUGUUCUCCAGCGACUCUAUGUGGUGCCCCUCAGCACGGGUGCUGCAACCCCUCUUUCUCCACCUGCCACCAAUGAAUGUGGGGAUGGACUACCAAAAAUGAAUUCACUCCCCUCCAUGCCACAGAUUCGCAGGGAGAACUGCUACCUAUGUGGACAGGACUGUGGUCAAGAGGUCAGGAUGGCAUACACCCAUGCUGGUGCAAGCAAAGCCCGCAGUGCAAUGUAUUUUCCAUUCAUAAAUCAGCUACCAUGCCCUCCAAAUGCUCAGAGUAUGCGGAAUGGAAGGGUAUACUGCUGUGUCAUGUGUCACAGCAUCUUGGAAGGGAUCUGGGCAAAGUACUGCCUCUGUCUAAGCGAGGAGCUCAUUACUUCUGUCACCACAUUCCUUGAGAGAUACCACCUGGCUAUGGGAAGGGGAGGAGUCUUGGUAUCCCCCCCUAGAGGACCCCAGUCGACCCCUUCUCAGACUGCCACAACAACUGCAAGCCACACCUCCAUCUGUUACUUGUGUGGGGAGGAGCUGUCUGGAGGAACCGAGUAUCAGCUUCAUGUCAACCCUCCAGGGCGUUGUGGGGAGCGUGAACCCUUUUUUCCCUUUCUAACUGUCCACCCUCCUGCUCCCCGUGCACGCCCUGCUGAUGCCACGGGCCUUGUGUCUGCUUGUGCACUGUGCUACCAUGACCUGCUGGGCCAGUGGACCCAACAUGAGAGUCAGGGCUCAGAAUCAGGCCCGUCCAGCAGCCCCUGGGCACGUCAGUAUAACUGCAACACUUUCACAUGCUUCUUCUGCAGGAAAGAGAAGAGGAGACCUCUUGGACUGAAAGCAGUGUGCGUUGACCGCUUGCCUGUAUUCUUCUAUGCUCCAAGGGUCAGCCAGACCCUGCUAAUUGACAAUGGCAAGCAGUUAACAAUUGGCUCCUGUGUGGAAUGCAAGUCUAUGGUGUUGGCUGGGCAGAACAUGAAGACGAUUAGUGGAAUCGCACAAAACAAGGGAUUGAUGGUGGAGGAGUCAGCCAGCAGCAGUAAGGAUGCAGAGGCCAGACCACCAAUGGUAACUGUGGCAGAAGUGUCAGAGCAAGACCACACUACAUCAUUUGAAACCAGAAUAACCUCUGGCACCUCACCCCUGUGCAGCCUGAAAGUGGAAGAGGCAGAUAUAUCAGUGCCUGGCAUGAGCCAUGAGCCAAAGUCACCAUCGUUAGGCAUGAUUUCCACGGCGACCCGCACCACGGCAACAGUCAGUCCCCUCACCCCGUCUCCCCUCAACGGUUCUAUUGUGCCCAAUGGCAGUCCUGCAUCUCAGUCCACCCACUCGGGAUUUGCUGCCGCCCUCCGCAAGCUGGCCAAGCAGGCAGAGGAACCCAGAGCAGGAUCUUCCAUCAGCAGCGAGUCAUCUCCUGUCUCAUCUCCGGCCACUAACCACAGCUCCCCAGUCAGUACGCCCAAGCGGGGCCCCAUGGGUCCAGUUAUAGUGCCUCCCGGGGGCCACAGCGUACCCAGUACCCCACCUGUUGUCACCAUAGCACCCACCAAAACCGUCAACGGCCUGUGGAGGAGUGAGAGCCGACCUGUACGAGAGGCUGAGUCAGGUCCCCGUGGAGUCAGUCGCGACCGGUUAAGUUCAGAGGCUGCUUCUACCCAAGAGAAAGGGGGUCCCACUGUCCCUGCUCACCUAAUUGGAAACCCUUACGCAUUUGGCUUGACGCCCACGUCUGUGAUGCAGGACUCACGCUUUCAACCUCUUAACCUGCCCCGUCAGAUGCCCCAUACUGUGCCCCCAGCCAGUGUUCCUGAGGAAUAUCUGAGGGGGUUUCGUCCUUAUGCCACAGCAGAGGAUCUACGCAUGGCGUCUUUACCCCUGGGGCUUGAUCCUGCCACUGCUGCAGCUGCUGCUGCUUACUACCAUCCUGGAUAUCUUCCCCACCCCUCCUUCUCACACUACAGAAUGGAUGAUCCAUUCUGUCUGUCAGCGCUGAGGUCACCGUUCUAUCCGCUACCUGCAGGGGGUGCUCUACCUCCUCUUCACCCAUCUGCGGUACACAUGCACCUGCCUGGGGUGCGUUACCCUGGAGACCUAAGCCACCCAUCACUGUCCAGCCUACAGUCGGAGCGCUUGUCAGAGAGACUCCAGAUGGAGGACGAGCUGCGACAGAGAGAGAGAGAAAGAGAACGCGAGCGUGAACGCGAGAAAGAGCGGGAACGAGAGGCUGAGCGAGAAAAAGAGCGUGAGCGAGAAAGGGAGCGAGAGAAGGAGCUGGAGCGUGAGAGAGAGAGAGAGAGAGAGAGGGAGAGAGAAAGGGAAAAAGAGAGAGAGCGUGAGAGAGAAAUAGAGCGACAGAAGGAGAGGUCAGCACGAGAGAAGGCUGUGGAGAGCCACUAUCUGGCUGAGCUUCAUGGGCUGAGAGGUUUCCCAGAGGACAGAGCCAAACCUGCAGACAGAAUCACUACGAACAGACCUGAUAAAACCAAAGAGCCCACCCUUACAACCCCUAAACCAAACCAGCCUGGACUUCACCAUUCUAUAAACUCCAUCAGUCACCCCGUGCCCAGCCUUGUCUCUGCCCAUGGCAUGUAUCUGGGCCCUGGAGGGGCGGGACCUGCCAAUCUGACAGUGGCCACCAUGCUGCAGCGCAAUAAUGAGGAAGAGCGCUGGUUAGCCCGGCAACGGAAGCUACGGCAAGAGAAAGAGGACAGGCAGUACCAGGUUUCAGAGUUCCGUCAGCAGGUCAUAGAGCAGCAUCUGGACCUGGGCAGACAGGGGGAAAUUGCAGACCUGCAUAUAGAGGGACACAGACCCGUACCAAACCAUCACGAGCCCAACAGCAGAGAUCGUGAGAGAGACAGGGAUGCCCAUCCUCUCCUGGGAGCUCCACCCCCUCUCAUCUCCCCAAAACAUCAGCACAAAGACCACGCGCCCCCACCACCAACCACACUAUGGAACCCCGCAUCACUCAUCGAGACCUCCACCGACUCUAGACGCACCUUGCAUGAGCACCAGAGUCUGGGUCACUAUGAUAUAAGCCGGCUUCCCCUACCCCCCUCCAAACAUGAGCGCCAUUACACUUCUGAAAAGCUGGAAGAGGGAUCUCGGAAAAGGGACAGUCUGGAUAAAUAUGCCCUCAUUCAGCCCAGUGGGUUCUCGGAGUCAAACACUUUCCUAGCGGAGUUGGAAAAAUCCACCCAGAGCUUCCUGAACCAGCAGAGGACACCGCUGAGUCUCUCAGGGCCAUACGGAGAGCUGAGUGCAGGCCUGAAGUCCAGCGGGUCUUUUAAAAGUCACCAGGGGCAUUCAUUUCUCGCACCAGAUGCCACAUUAGUGUACGAUGAGUUCCUGCAACAGCACAGACGAGCUGUCAGCAAACUGGACUUGGAGGAGAAAAGACGCAGAGAAGCCAGAGAGAAAGGUUACUAUUAUGAACUGGAUGACUCCUAUGAUGAGAGUGAUGAGGAAGAGAUGCGAGCUCAUCUCAGGAGGGUCGCAGAACAGCCGCCACUCAAACUAGAUGAUUCCACAGAGAAGGUGGAGUUUCUGCAGAUGUUUGACCUGACGACUCUGGCCCGUCGGGAGGAGAUGAUGGAGGUGAAGAGGAGGAAGAGGAGGCGCAUGCUGAGAGAGAGGAGUCCUUCCCUCCCAGCUGUACAGAGCAAGCGGCCUACUUCAGAGCAACCUUCCCCCCUUUUAACCCGCUUCACCCCAGAGGACAUGAACAACAGCCCUGAACUGGAGGACAAGAAACGCUUCCUCACCAUUUUCAGCCUCAACCACGUCACUCAGCAGCAGAGAAGAGAUAAUGAAAGGGUUGAGGAGUUGUUGAAGGCCAUAAAACAGAAGAGUGUGACUCUAGACAGCAUCAGAUACAACCCUCACCCGCUGUGCAGGAGCCCUGCAACCCUAUGCGCAGACCUGUCAUCUAAAUCUCCAGUCCAUUCUAAUGAUCUGAUGAAUGGACGGCCCCCCAGUCCCUCCCCCUCUGUGUCUGUGCCCCAGCCCCCAGCAGAACCCCUCUACCACUCAGAUCAUCACAGAUCCCUCUCAGAUCCCUUGAGAAUGAAAGACUCUUCGUUGCCCGCUGCAUUACCUGACAAAUGUCGAGCCAAUGACAGCAUCCCUGGCAGGAGCGCUAGUCUGCUGAACAGUGUGCGACAGCCUCCAUUCACUAAAGAGAGUUCCACUAGUGUCAACAGAAAGACCAAACCCUGGGAGAGUUUCAUCGCCGAGGAGUUUGCCCAGCAGUUCCAUGAAUCAGUACUGCAGUCCACCCAAAAAGCCCUGCAGAAGAGUAAAGGUGGUGCCUUGGUCAUGUCAGAACAGAAACAUGCAGUUGAUUCAUCUGUUCAUUAUAACAUUCCUGAGCUCCAAAGCACACCGGGCCGGUCCAAACCCCACCCACACCCCCCUUCUUUGCAGCCCAACGGACAGCACUGCCUCCCACACCCUUCCCGCCAGGAACUCUCCACAGAGGAGUCUGAGGAAGAGGAUGAGGAAGAUGACACAGAGGAGGACGAGCCCACUACAUCUAGGUGGCAGGGCAUUGAAGCCAUCUUUGAAGCUUAUCAAGAGUAUGCAGAAGAGCAAAGCAUUGAGCGACAAGUUCUCCACAGUCAGUGCAGACGACUGGAGACACAUCACUAUAAUCUCAGUCUAACAGCUGAACAGCUGUCACACUCAGUGGGGGAGCUGAUGGCUCAGAAGCAGAAGCUUGCUGCAGAUAGGGAGAACCUACAGGCAGAGCUAGAGCACUUUAAAAAGUGCCUGACACUGCCGCAGAAUCCCUGGUCUAGGGGUCACUUCAAGGGCUUUCCACCCAGGUGACACUCUACGGCACCACCGACCACCCACAUCCCUUACAAAGCCCCAGACCCAGACUCAUGCUCAGUUCACUCCGAGAGCCUAGAGAGUGAUGGUGAGGAACAGAAGAUCUGGCCAACAUAUUUGACUGACCUCCCCUCCGAUGCCAUCCUGUGGGCAAAAUCACCCAUGAACACACGUCAAAGCCUCUGAAUGCCUCCAAUUUGCAGGGACAGCCAUACUGCAUCAUAGAGAGAGAAGAACACCAGUCGAAAUGCAGCUCAACCUACCUGCCAUCUCUUUAACAUGGAGGUCACGCCUAGAAAUGCACUUAAAGACAAUAAAAAAAAUUUUAAUAAAAAAACCUGAAGAACUUUCUGGAGGUACUGCGUUAUGACAGACUACUCUUUACGAUCUAGGGAAGGGGGGAAAAAACAUCAAAUAAAUAAAGGAAAAUGUUUUAUUUCGAGAUUUAGAAUAAAGUUUUUUAAAGAGGUGCUUCAGCAUUGUAUUGUAAAUAAUUUCAAAACGACAACAAAAAAAAGAAUUUUGUAUGUUUUUAAUUACUUAAAACAUUGUUUUUUGGAAGAAAAAAGCCUGCCUUUUUUUUUCUAAUAUAUUAAUGCUUUUGGACGUUAAGCAAAAGGUUUACUUUUGGUGUCUGCUCUGCUGCUGCUCAGAAUAACCCUUUCAGGACUCAUGGAGUGAUGGCAUCACUUCCUUAUUGCCUGAAUUACAGUAGCAACGGCCCCAGGACCCACCGCCAACAUUUUUCCAUUAAGGCCAUCCAUUACGGGAUAACUUGAGUCCUUCAUUCUGAGGAUAUACCCACUGAUAUGUAGGACCUAGAACAUCUACUGUCUUUUAUCAUUGGCUAGUGGUCACUUGUCUCUCAAAGUUCCAGACUGCUACACUGAGUUUAUUUUUUUUUUUCGUCAUGAAGCAGCAUGCAGCCUCUUUUUGGAUUUCUGUUUCAAUUAAGUGAAGGGCGUUUGUAUUAGAAUGUGAUAUUAUGAAAUCUAUAUCCCACUUGUGUGCACAGAGAGCUCAAGCGAUGACAGUCUGUCAGGAACUGACAUGCACAAAAAUAAAAUCCAUAAAUGUUGUUGUACGAUAAGAAUUACAAUUAGUUUGAUAUACAAAACAUUUUUGCCAUUGACAAUUACUGUGCCAAAGUUUCAGAGGUGGCAUGCCAAAAUGUUGAAAGCAAAGCUUGAUCAAGUUGAAGAAUUGAGUCAGUCCUGCUGAGAGUUAAUUGGAAAAUUGCAAACAUUUUUCCAACAACAAAAAAAAUCUGCUCUGCCCGAAGACGUUCUUGUUUGCCAAGUUUAUAUAUAUAUAUAUAUAUAUAUAUAUAUAUAUCCAUUGUUUGUGAAUGACGCAUUUUAACAUGACCACAAGUCAUUGACAAAAAAAAUUAUUAAUAUGGGCCUUGAAUUCUGACUGCCUGUCAUAUCUUUAAUUUUCUACCUUUUUUAUAUUAUACUCUUAGAUGAUGUAGAAUCUGGGAAUGACACACCUGUUUGUUUUCCUGCCACUUAACCCAACCCCCAUCAUGUUCCGUAUGUAUCACAUACAGCACUGCAUACACCAUGCAGUUAUAGACAGACCAACAUGCCGGUUUUUGAUCAGAAUAUAGUGCAAGAAUAAGACACAGAGGUGUCUAAAAUGCAUCUUUGAAGCACAGGUGAGGAGUUUGCUUGCACUGUUAUUUAUUUCGGCUAUGCUGAUUCUGAGCAGGCGUGCCAUCAGUUUGAUUACUUUGUGUGUGUGUGUGUGUGUAUCUGCUUCACACAAACCACUGCCACUGCCUGAUGAGGGCAUAUACGAACCUGCCCAAUACAUGCACAGUCACACCCAAACUCAAUGGAGGGAGGAUGUUAGAUGCUGUGAAACCAUGGGGUUUUUAUGUUUGUUUUUUCUUUUUUGUUGUUGUUGUUUUUUUAUGUACUUGUUUGAAUUCAUUGUAAUGUAAUAUAUUCUUUGUUGAGUGUAGUAAUUAGGUAUUUAUGGAUAUAUUGCUGUAAUUUCAGACAAAAAAAUUAAAUACUGCAAAAAGUU